CGCCCAUUCGCCGCUGCUCCCUCAGCUAGGUCAGGUGUUAGUCUUGCAGCUACGGGCGCUUUGUAUUUGUGGAAUUGACUGUAUUUAGUGAGCGGACAGAUACAGCCGCGGCCAUGCUCAGGCGGAUACUUCAAAUGACUCCUGGAAAGGGAGGCUCCCAGAAUGCAGAGUCGGAGCAGCCAAGCACAGACCUUAACCACGACCAGACGUCUGAGGGCUUCAUCUGUCCUCAGUGCAUGAAGUCUCAUAACUCUGCAGAGGAGCUCUUCAAGCACUAUGAGCUGUUCCAUGAUACUGGAGACCUCCCAGCUCACAUGGCGCCCACUCGGGAAGACCUCACAAUGCUGCGGCAAGAAGUUCAGGACCUGCAUGCCUCUCUAAAGGAGGAAAGGUGGUUCUCUGGAGAACUCAAGAAGGAGUUGGACAAAGUCCAAGGACAUCUGAAGCAAAAUGAUGGGCAGAGCUCAGAGGAUUCAGCCCUUGAAAAGAAGUUAAAUGAAGCAGAGACAGAAAAGUUCAACAUCAAACAGAUGAAAGACCUGUUUGAGCAGAAGGCUGCUCAGCUGGCCACAGAGAUAGUAGAUUUAAAGUCCCGAUAUGAUGAGGAGAAGAGCUUAAGGGAGGCAGCUGGGCAGAGGCUGACAAAACUGACUGAACAACUGCAGAAUGAGAAGCAGGAGAAUGAGAGACUCCAAACAGAGCUGCUGCAGCGACCAGGAGUGGAGGAUGUGGACGUCCUGAAGACAGAGCUGGUGCAGGUGCAGACGUUGAUGGAUCAGAUGACACGUGAGAGGGAGGAUGAGUCUGAAUGCCUCAGGAACCACUAUGAGCAACUGCAGGCCAAUUACACCACCGCAGAGAUCCGUAAACUGGAGAUGACCAUAUCACAACUGAAAGCAGAGCUGGAGAAGGGUCCUCAAGAAGCAGCUGUCUACACCCAAGAGAUCCACCAGCUGCAGAGCAAUCUGAAUAAUUUGCAGCAGCAAAGCCAGAGCCUGUCCGAAAAACUGUUGCGUAAGGAAAAGGAAUAUCAGGUGCUGGAGGAGAGUCUGGGUGCUGAGAAAGCUGCCAAGAAGGAAGUUCAAGACAGCCUGAGGGAGAGGGAGCUGGAAGUCCAGGAGCUCCAAGCUCGGGUCUCAGGGACAGAGACUUCCCUGCAAAAGAGACAGUCAGAGCUCGGAGAGAGGACUGAGGAGGUAGCAAAGCUGAGGAGCGAGAUUAACGAGCUUGAGGUGAAACACGCAGAGCUGAAGGUCGAGAGGAAACAACUUGAACAGCAAAGGGAAGAAAAAGAGAGCAAGGGCGCUCAGCAGCAGUCUGAGAUCAGUCAGCUUCAUGCCAAACUACUGGAGGCUGAGAGACAGCUGGGAGAAGUGCAAGGUCGUCUGAAAGAACAGAGGCAGCUCUCUGGGGAGAAACUCAAAGAUCGCGAACAGCAGGCGGCCGACCUGCAGCUAAAACUGUCACGCGCAGAAGAACAGUUGAAGGAGGGCACCAGUAAGAGCGCAGACUUGCAGCACCAGCUCGAGAAAGCAAAGCAGCAGCACCAGGAGCUUCAGGCGCUGCAGCAAAACACCAAUGGCAAACUCCGCGAGGCACAGAAUGACCUGGAGCAAGUGCUGCGUCAGAUUGGUGAUAAGGACCAGAAGAUCCAGAACCUGGAGGCUCUGUUGCAGAAGAGCAAAGACAUUGUGAGCCAACUGGAAGCCGAGAGAGAAGACUUGUGUGCAAAGAUCCAAGCCGGCGAGGGGGAGACGGCUGUACUUAAACAGCUUAAAGAGAAAAACCAUGCACUACAAGAACAGGUGACACAGUUGACAGACAAACUAAGGAACCAGUCGGAGAGCAACAAGCAAGCUCAGGAUAAUCUACAUGAGCAGGUACAGGAGCAGAAGACGCUGCUGCGUUCGGCCCAGGACCGAGCCCUCACCCUGGAGACGUCAGUCUCUGAACUCACUACUCAGCUCACAGACAGCAAGGAGAAAGUUGGCCAGCUCGACACUCAGCUGAAGGCAAAGACAGAGAUGCUGCUCUCUGCAGAGGCAGCAAAGGCUGCACAGAAGGCCAACCUGGAGAACAGCCUGGAGACUGCCCAGCAUGCACUGCAGGACAAGCAGCAGGAGCUGAACAAAGUUCAGAAGAAGGUGGACGAGCAAGCUCAAAGGCUCAAGGAGAGACACGAGCAGUGCACACAGCUGGAAACCUGUCUGAAGGAAUGCAAAGACAAACUGCUGGCCUCAGAGCAGCGCGUUGAGCAGGUCGAAGGUCUUAAUAAGAAACUGGAGUCGCAGGUUGGGGAAUUGCAGGCCGCUCGAGACCAGGUGCAGCAGGAGGUGCAGAAGUUGCAGAAGGAAGGGGCCGAGGUUAAACGGAAAGCUAAGGAGCUGCAUCGUUCGCUAGAAACGGAGAAAACCGGGUCUGCAGCACUACAGGAGGACUUAAAGAAGAAGACGGCGGCUUUAAAUGACAUCCAGCAGCAGUUGGAGCACUGCGAGCAAGAUAAAGCUGUUCUGAAGGUGAAUCUGGACAAGGUGACUCAAGAGGGGAAGACUCAGCAUGCAGAGCUGGACAGGAAAGCCCAGAGUCUGGCAGCAGACCUAAAAAAGACUCAGCAGGAGAAAGAAGCUCAAAAGAAGGAGCUUAUCUCGACUCAGGAGAGCCUGGGAAAGGCUAACAAGGCACUGAAAGAGAAUCAGAGUCAACUGGACACAGAAAGGAAGAGCCAUAAGUCAGCCAUGGAGGAAAAGGAAAAGUCCAACGAGAAGGCCCGACAGGAACUUCAAAAGAAUAAUGAGACCAGUACAAAAUCACUGGAAGAUACAAAACAGCAGUUAAAGCAGAUUAGAGAGGUGGAGAAGAAGCUGAAAGGACAGCUGAGCUCAUUAGAGCAGAAGCACUCAAAGACUCAGGAGGCACUAAAGGAAAGGGAGAAUGAGUUGGAGAAGCUGCAGGCACAGCUGAAGACAACUCAGGGGUCCUUUGAAGAGGAGCAGAAGAAACUGAAGGGACAAGUGACAGAGUUACAGGAAGUCGGUGUCAAGAAGGCAGAGGAGGAGAGUAAACUGAGGGCCCAGAUGUCUGAGCUCAGCAAGGAGCUGAGCUCUGAAAAGACCCAGACUGCAGAGCUGCAGAAGACCUUGGUGCAAAGUCAGGAAAAUUUCACUAAGCUUCAGUCUGACUUCUACGGGAAAGAGUCAGAAGUUUCUGCUCUGCGUCAAGACCUCAAGGCUUCAGAAGAAAAGCUGAGCUUAGCACAGGAGGAGUUGGCUGCUAACCACACCCAUCAGACAAGUUUGGAGGCUCAGAUCCAGGAACUGAAGACGAGCCUCGGCUCAUUGGAGCAGAAGCUCACUAAACGAGAGCAGAAGCACCAGCAGCAGGAGCAAACACUGAAAGAGCUACAGAAGCAACAGAAUCACAUUAAGGAGGAGCUGGGGAAGGAGAAGAGCAAAGUGGAAGAGCUGAACACAGCCAAGAGUGUCCUGGAAAAGAAUAACAACAAGUUAACAUCGGAUUUAAAAGCACGGACAGAGAAGAGUGAAAAGGAGCUGGGUGAGCUGCAGGAAGCCAAACAAAUGUUGAUCCAGCAGAAGCUGGAGCUGCAGGGUCAGGUGGAAGCUGCUCAGGCUGCACUGGACAAAGAGCAGAAAGAGCACCAGGCCACCAGGGACAGCAGGAGCCACAGAGAGGAGCAGCUCCACGCCCAAAACAAGAAAGUCCACGAUCAGCUGGCAGCAGAGAAAAGAGCCAAAGAGGAGCAGGUGAAGCUCGGGGAGGAGGCUGAAGCUAAGCUGGGUUUGCAGGUGACGGCUCUGAACGAGAAUGUGGCCACGCUGAAGCGAGAGUGGCAGGGCAGCCAGAGGAGAGUGGGUGAGCUGGAGAAGCAGACGGAUGAGCUGAGAGGAGAAAUCGCUGUGCUGGAGGCCACAGUACAGAACAACCAGGAUGAGAGACGCGCUCUUUUGGAAAGGUGUGUGAAGGGUGAGGGUGAGAUGGAGAAACUGCAGGCCAAGAUGGUGGAGCUGAGGAGGAAGCUGGACGAUACGACAGCAGCCAUGCAGGAGCUGGGCAGAGAGAACCAGUCGCUCCAGAUCAAGCAGUCGCAGAGUCUGACCAGGAAGUGGACUGAGGACAACGAAGUGCAGAACUGCAUGGCGUGUGGGAAAGGUUUUACUGUCACUGUCAGGAAGCACCACUGCAGACAUUGUGGAAAUAUCUUCUGUGCCGAGUGUUCGUCAAGGAACGCCCUAACGCCGUCCUCCAAAAAACCAGUGCGGGUGUGUGAGACAUGCUUCGAGGAGCUCCAAGGCUGACUUCCCACUCCUCCCUUCUCCUAAACCCAACACUCCCACCUCCCCCAAUGCUCCCCCCCCCUCCUACUCCAGCGAGCAGAAGGAGCGUCUUUGUCAUAUUUAAUGUGCACUAUAAAGGACAGACCCCAGUCCAGCCAGUGGCUCUGGUGUGGAGGGAAAUAAUGGCAGAGACACAGAGAGCCCACGUGACAGGAGGAGGAGGAGGAGGAGGAGGAGAGGAGAGGAGGAGGUGGUUGGGGAUUGGUCAGGAUUGUCUGUAUCUGUUUUUGUGCCUUUGCUGCUCCUGUGGACUGCCAGAGAGCAGAGACAGUGAGAACCACGCACCAUCUAUCUCUGAGUUUGUGUUCACAUCUCUUAUCAUAAUUUGGUGUCAUUCAGUGGCUGCUUUGUGAAACGUUUGGUGUCUGUUGUCAAAAGAAGAAGAAGAAGGUCGGUGUGAGUGAAGGAUGGGGAAGUAACCUUUUUUGAUAGUGGCCCCGUUCAGACCUGGUCUUAGUGUCCGUCCUGAUCUGAUCCCAUGUGGGUAGCGCUAAGUACGACUGUUCACAGCUGGCAGUGAAAUGUGUCCUGGAUGUGUUUGCAGUGACCACGUGAGAUUAGAUUUGGCUUCUCACGUCCCUUCAUAGAUGUCAUUACUCUUCAUGUGAGCGAUGGGUUUGUUGAUGGCGACCUGUCCUGGGUGUACCCGCAUUUGACCCUCUGUCAGCUGGGAUUGACUCCAGCUCCCUGCGACCCUCAUGUGGAGGAUAAAGUGUUGGACAGUGAAUGACGAUACAGAUGUGUUUGUGUGUCUCAGGGUUCCCACAGGUCCUUGAAAUACGUGAAAGUUUGAAAUUUCAAAGCCCUUGAAAGCAAGAAAGUACUCCAGUUGAUAUUUAGGUAAACAAGGACUCCCUUGUUUGUCGCAGCGCCACCUACUGUUUCACGCCCUGCGUUGCUUGAUGUAAGUAGACGAGGCACUGUCCACUCUCUCUCCCUCCGCCCGCUGACGUGAGAUUCCAUGUAGAACAGUGAGCGAGUAAAGUUGAGCAAGAUCUCUGUCUCACCAAAACUGACUCCCAGGACAAGCACUUGUCCAGAUGCAGAGCAACUCGAUGAAAUUGGACAAAGAAAAGUGGCGAGGCGGCUCUUACAAGUUUCCCUCCCAUCUUGAGCUUUGUCGGCACAUUCCGUCCUUGAAUUUGAAGCAGUCGGUUCUGGAAAGUCCUUGAAUUUGAUGUCAACCAAAGUUGCGGGAACCCUGGUGUGUGUGUGUGUGUGUGUGAGUGAGAAGAGCGUUGUGUGAAUCAAAGCUCUGUUUGCGUUUUAACCCUUCGAUUAAUCAUAUAAUAGUCAGAGUUCAUACAUGAAGCUGCCACAGGUCAGACUUCAGAUCAGCUGAAGAAGCGGUCUCUAAUCUGUCCUGAGCUCAGGAAUGUGGACACAUGAGGACAAUAAUGUGCAGAUGUGAUCAUUAUGGGAUGGGUGAGGUGUUAGUACCAGGUCUGAACGUGGUCAGUGAUGUUGAAAAUCACUGCUGCCUAACAAAGGUUAAAUGCAGGUAACUUAUUUUCCCCCCAUCUGUAAAUCCAACAUAACAACACAUUUUUUCCUCUCCAUAACUCAGUGUAUACAUCAAAUAGAUCUAAAAAAAAAAGAAAGGAAAAGUUUUUUAUAACCAAGGAAGAGAAACUUAGUAUUAAAAAUAUUUUUGUAAAUUCCUCAGCUUUUAGCUCUUUAGCUGAUAGACUGCGUUUAAAGCCUGUCGUGUGGAUGCAGUUGUGUUUCUGAAACUUUAAGACUCACGACCAGAACCUGUCACUUUAGAGUUAGGAUUUCUUAGAGCUGCAUUCUGUUGUGUAACUUAACGUGGUUCCAUGUCGUUAAUGUCGUGUUUGUGGGAAGAACUCACCUAAUGGAGCGGUUUUUAUUUUUGGAUUAUGAAUCUCCAACUGUAAAAAAAAAAAAGAACGAUUUUAACAUUUCACUUCAUCCUUCAGUUGAUUUGUACGUCAGUUACUGCAUGUUUCCUUUGUGCGGCAGCGUGUUCAUGUGAACGUGUUCAGCCUAUUUCAUGACCAAAGAAUGUCUGCAGCAGGAAUAACAGACCAGACGAACGCCCCUGGCUUUGUUUUUUCAUAUUUCAGUAUUUUUCUAAGCGUCUCUUUUGAUGGCUGUUCGAGUUUUAAAUCAUCACAGGGUCACACAUUUUUACCUGGAACAGACGUGUGACGAUCUGAGAGGCUUGUUUUAUAUCAAGAUUUUUGUUGAUGUUUGUUUUUGUUUUUUAAUUUUGGUGCUUUCUGCGGCCUGUCGAUGCGUCAUUGACUGUGUCUGUGUUUUGUUUUUUCCCAUUGCUGCUUUUAUCAUCCAUACAAAAGCACUGACUGCUGCUCAUACUCUCUGUGUCUGUGUGUGUGUGUGUGUGUGUGUGUGUGUGUGUGCACGUGCACGCGUCUGCUGAGCUGCACGUGUGUGUGUGUGUGUGUGUGUUUGGACGUGUGCGAGGAUGUUAGUGCUGCGUUCAGGUGCAGCCGUUCAUGUCUCCUCUCUGCCUGCAGCUGAGAACACUGGGUCCCUCAGUCUGGGUCAGGACUCACUGUCCUGCAUGUUUUAGAGCAGAUGUCUCAAACCUGCCGCUCAGUAUCGUUAUGAUUUUUAUAGAUUCAUUUGCAUCCUAGAUUGUUGUUUUUAUCGUAAGAAACAUCAAAACAAACACUUUUAUUGUGAAAUGAUGUGGAAUACAUUACAUGACGGAAUGUCCCCCCCACUGGACAGCUGUUUUUAUUUCCCAAAAACCAGACUACACAUGAGCUUGAGACGGUGUUUUAGACGUUUUUCCAUGCUCCAACACACCUGAUUCAAACGGAUGAGCUCGAUGAUGAGCUGAAACAUCUGCAACAUGCAGGGUAGUGAGUCUUGAGGACCAGGGACUGAGAAACACUGCUGUAAAACCUCAUUCCUGCUUUGUUUAAGUUUCUACUAGUUGAGGGAUAUUGGUAAGAUCUUUUGUGCAAUCGUCUCCAGACUGGAGCGAGGGGUUAACACUGAAAGCCAGGUGACAGUGCAGUGCUGUUCUGACACUUUUCUUUUGCGAGCUUGUUUCAGACUCGGGCUAAACCAAAGUAGCUUGAUUAUGCUUCACCAUCUCUGUUGCAAACUUGCAGAUGCAGCCGUGUUUGUUUGUUUUUCCACUGCAUUAGUUUUGUUAUGUCUACCUCAGAUUGGCACAGGAAAAGCACUAUUACCAAACCUUAGAUGUCACAUGCGUUGUAAAAAAAAGAAAAAAGAAAAUCACCUGCAUUUGAUCAAGAAUUUGAAGUUGUACAGUCGCUUAAAUCUGUAGAGAUGAUUUGCACCUUAAUCUAAUCUGGGCUCCUCCCUAUGGGAACCCAGCCUCAAAUGUAGGACCACCAAUUUUAUUCAGGCUUGAGCUUUUCUACCCCUCAUCUCUUUAACUUGGCAUCCACACAAAGUCUGUCAAAAUGAUCUUUGUAAAUGUUUGUAAUGAAAGAGAAAAACUGAAAUCUAUACCACGGUGCGUGUGUUGGAUUCUCCGGCGUCUUAACUCAUCUCUGCAGACAUGUAGACGGUGAACCGUGGCUUCGCUUGGCGUCGUUUUCAGUUAUCGUGCAUGAUGACUUUUACUGGCUCGUGUUCUCUCCAUGUUUUGGAGUCAGAUGUGGUGAUUGUGAAGGCGUGCCUUAGGCCGACAUCGUGGACGUCGCCGCUCCGCUGGCGUAUUUACCGGCGAGUGGCGGUGAGUUCAGUUCACCUGAAGGGACGAGAUCAUCUUUAUUUAUGUUCACAUGUACCAGUUGAUUUUCUAAUAUUGUCAUGACAAAACCUAAAUAAAACCCACAGUAUGUUUCUA